UUUGCGUCCGAAAUGGACUGUCGCUCAGCAUCGUGGGCGGCAAGCAGCGGACGCGCGUACGCAAUCGUCGGGCCUCGGGAGCAUACCUCAUCCCGCCAUGCGGAAGGUCGAUCGAUAAGUGUCAAGUCGCCCGCGAUCCGUCAUACGGUGAGGGGCGCGCCAGCCGAUCCUGGGGGGCUCUGUCAGCGGGAAGUGGGCCCCAAGGCGGGUGAGUAUAUAAGGCGCGUCGACGGCUAGGAGGUCCCUCACUUUCCUGCACUCUCCACACCCCACGUCCACUCUUCCCCGCCCCUUCACGAACGCAAAAUGUCCACCACUGUCAAGGCUUACGGUGUCACCGGCCCCAAGGAGCCCUUGAAGCCGCUCACGAUCGAGCGUCGCGCGCCCGACGAUAACGACGUGGUCAUCGACAUCAAGUACGCGGGCAUCUGCCACAGCGACAUCCACACCAUCCGCGGGGAAUGGGGCGAGAUCCCGUUCCCCAUGGUCGUCGGCCAUGAGAUUGCCGGUAUCGUUCGCAGCGUCGGUAAGAACGUUACCAAGUUCAAGGUCGGGCAGCAUGUUGGUGUCGGCUGCAUGGUGAACUCCUGCCGCUCCUGCGAGAACUGCAAGGACGGCGAGGAGCAGUACUGCACCGGAGACGGGACGAUCAACGGCAAUGUCCAGACCUACAAUGGCAAGGACCCGAAGGCGAAUUUCACGCCAACGGCGGGCGGCUACUCGCAGAUGAUUGUCGUCGAUCAGGACUUCGUCCUGAACAUCCCAGAGAGCAUUCCCUUGGACAAGGCCGCCCCAUUGCUCUGCGCUGGCAUCACCAUGUACUCGCCUCUGCGCCAUUGGCACGCUGGUCCGGGGAAGCGCGUUGGCAUCAUCGGCCUGGGUGGGCUCGGCCACGCCGGUGUCAAGAUCGCCAAGGCGCUUGGCGCUGAGGUCACCGUUCUGUCGCAGUCUCUCAGCAAGAAGGAGCUCGGCCUCAAGCUCGGCGCCGACAAGUACUUCGCGACGUCGGAUGCGGAGACCUUCUCGACGUUGAAGGGCCACUUCGACCUCAUCAUCAACACGGUGUCCGCAAACCUCAACCUUGACCAAUACAUGUCCCUGCUCCGCCGAAACGGCAGCAUCGUCGAGGUCGGUAUCCCUGAGCACCCGAUGAGCCUGCAUGCGUUCAGCGUUGUUGCCGGCCGCCGCAGCCUUGCGGGCUCUUGCAUCGGUGGUAUCAAAGAGACACAGGAGAUGCUGGACUUCUGUGCGGAGCAUGGUAUCACUGCCGAGAUCGAGACCAUCCCGGCGUCUUACAUCAACGAAGCUUGGGACCGCGUCGUCAAGUCGGACGUCCGCUUCCGCUUCGUCAUCGACAUUUCUACGCUGUAAGCAUAGCUGAAAAGUGUGUUAGACCUGUAUAGAAAGUAGACAUGUAUAGUACAUACCACGGUGUAUAAUUACUUUGGAAGCUUUAUCACAGAGAGUGAUCGAAAUUACGCGCGAAGACAACUCAUUUCUGAAGCAGGGUGUUUUCCCAGUCGUCCCAGGUGAGACUCAGAACUGCAGUGUCUCUGCCUUUCGUGCCCGGCCUGGGAUCACCCUCUCGUAUGCUUCGACCAUUGCCAGCCUUGUGCUCAGGGAACACGAAGUGCCACCGAAGGAUUGCGUCCAGCCGGAAGCCCAAGUGCAUCGCCAGUUGGAUGCUCUUCACGUUCAGCGAGUUUGCGCGCCAUUCU